UUGCUUCGUUUAUUGUGCUGGAUCCAUGAUGUGGGAGGCACGGACAUUUACGCCACAACAGGGAAAUUUAUGGAGUAAUAACGUGUCACCGAUGUCAAACGACUUGAGCGAGAUCGAAUUCAGCUUCGAUGAGUUUUCUGCUGGAUCAACACCUAAAGCCUCAGAUCCUGGUUCAAGCAACAUGGCGCAAACUGCACUAAGAUAUGUUACACAGAAAACAUUGACUGCUGACAUUAUUGCAAAAAUACAAGCCAUAGACAAUGAAAGUGACCUCUCAACGGAUCAACAAGAAUUAGAGAACACAAAGAUUUUGCAUCAUGGGUUAGACACCGCUAGCGGACAUGAAACCACCGAUUUAAAGCGCCCCGCAUCGGAUGAAAUGAACGGUGAAAAUCACGUUGAAAAUUCAAGCAAAUGCAUGGUUCGCGAUGUAGUAAUUAUUAAGAAUUCUACGUCGCCUUUGGGCUUCUUCAUUCGACAAGGUGAUGGUUCUUUUAGGAAGAAUGGAAUAUUUGUAUCACGCGUUGCACAGCGAAGUUUUGUUGAUGUGAAUGGGUUACUGGAGGUUGGCGAUGAAAUUAUUUCAGUGAAUGGAGUUGAUAUUGAAGGCUUUAGUUUAGACGAUGUUGUACGAAUGAUUCAAAUACCGCGCAAGCUGAUUUUGACCAUCAGAACAAGUGAUUUGUUGACUGAUCAAAAUUCAUAUUCUGAAGAAAUCAACGGAUCCAUAGCUACGAGCGAAAACUUUCACAAAACAACGUCGAAAGGUUUUAAAAUCAAAACUAAAGAUUCCCGCUCAGAACCCAGCAACGACCGUAAACAAACUAUUCAAACAGAAACAGCUAAUGUUGAAAUAGACAAAAAUGCAAACCAUAAGAAGAAAAUUUCCAAGCUGCCAAUUGGCGGAGAUUCGUCGAAUAUUGAAGAACUUAUUAAGGCAAUUCGAGCACAAAAUAAUCGCUUAAAGUCUGCGAAGAAAAAUUCUGAGCAUCAAGAAGACGAAAGCAGACAAUUUACCGAAGAUCACCGCAACCCGGUCGGUUCUCUUUUGAAACAAAGACACAUAAAUAGACCCGAAGCUCCGACGAGAAAACCGUCAGCUGAUGCAAUAAUUUUAUCAACAAGAACACCCCCACCGCUUGCAAGCCGCAAGUCAAGUACUUUAACGCCCGUUACAUCUGUUAAUUUGAUUUUCGAUGAUCUUGACGAUUUCGCAGUUCCUACCCUUGCUGCUAAUAGUAGCAUGUCCAACGAAGACUCUUUGAAGGUUUACACUUUGGAGCAGGUUCCCCGAAGCCCUACGGGUUCUCCCGGAGGGAGCCCGAAGGCAAGGCGAAGACUUCCGUCGGUGCCAUCCGAAGUCGGACGGACAAGUCGAUGUGAUAGUGAUAGUCGAAGUGAGAGCAGUUCUCCCACUUUAACGAAACCACUACUGAGUCUCCCUUCAGAGCCACGAAACCGUAGAAUGCUGCCAACUCCACCACCUUCUCCUGUUGCUUCACAUAAAGAUGCUUCAAACAGUCGGAAUUCAAGUUCCUCUAACUUUGAGAGCCCUGAGGAUGGAAAAUCAGACAGAAAUAGUUGGAGUGGAUCCACGGAUGGCGAAACCGCGGAGGAAAAAUCUCCAACGCCAUCUACGCCUUCUACGCCAUCUCCUUCACGUAAAGACUCCGUUUUGUCACUAAGCCAAAUUUUUAGUGCAUUCGCCUUCAAAAUACAUUCAAACGGAGCUGAGACAGGGGAGAAAAACAAAGAUGGCGCGAGACAAGAGGCUUAUAAAACGCCAACUUCCCCACGCAGGCCAGCGCGAAAAAGUGAAUCGCAGUGCCAGGAUAUUGUGGAACAGCAAAGGCACUCCAUGUUUUUAAAUUCCUUCGUUUCUAGUGGAUUGCAAGUUCCUACCGGAACCAGACGGCUAGCGAGUCGAUCAUCACACCCGAAUCUGAAACUUUUAAAUCCUGUCCCAGAAGAAGGCGCGAAAUCCAAGCUUUCUAUCGGAUCAGCUUCGCCAUCAGGUCACUUUAAGCUGUCUCCCUUUACCAGAAGGCGCGCCAGCCUUCAGUCUAUGACUGACAAGAGUUUAAACAAUCAGCUUGCCUCGCAAGAUUUGACUGACAGCGACCAACUUAGGAGCGAGAUAGAUGUCGGUUUUAUGAUAUUCCCGGAUGAUUAUAGUGGACAUAAUUUAUUGUCGUCCCACGCGGUCUCUGGUAUGGUCUCCUUACAUCUAAUCAAAGCCACCAACCUCCCUUUUGCAGAUAAGAAACUACUGGAGAAGAAAAAGAAGGUAUAUUGUGCAGUCGAAGUUGAUUUUGAGCGUAAAGCUUUCACGAGUUCUAAAAGAGCUUCGAAAAGCAUAACAUGGGAUGAAGCCUUUGAUGUAGAAGUUCAGCAUGGUCGUGAAAUCUGUCUGUCUUGUUUCACACCGGGUCACGAAUUUGACAAACCAGUGGCUAAAGUUUCCUUCAACCUGUCACCUUUUGUCCGAUGCGGCCAGCAGCACAACACCGUGUUUCGUUUACAUCCACAAGGCGCGAUUCACCUCAAAAUGGAAUUCACAGAGAUGAAGGCGUUGCUAAAACGAGCUCCUUCCGACAGAAGUUCGGGCGUGUUCGGCUUUCAACUCAACGUGACUUCGCGCAACGAGAGGGCAAGCGUUCCGUUAAUCGUUCGCAAGUGUGUCGAAGAGAUCGAGAAGCGCGGACUGACAAACGUCGGUCUCUAUCGGAUUUCCGGAAACGCUCGACGGAAGAAGCAAUUACACGCGCAAUUUGACGAAGACAGCACGAAAGUCGACCUGUCAGAAGAGAAUUAUCCUGAUAUCAAUGUCAUCGCCGGCAUUCUGAAAGAUUAUCUUCGAGAACUUCCCGAGCCACUCAUCACUGAAUCUUUGUCCAAAAUGCUGAUUAAAGCUGCUAAAGAACAUGUUCAAGAUCAAGAUUUAGCUGCACAGAAGCGUGUUCUUUCCAAGCUGCUUGUCCAGUUGCCACAACACAACAGAGAAACGUUAGUGUAUUUGUUGAAUCAUUUCUUGCGCGUUAUUGCUGAGAAGGAAACGAACAAAAUGGACGCGCACAAUCUAUCAGUAUGUUUCGGCCCCGUACUGUUAUGUCCCCCGGCGAACCUUACAGAAAGUAAGGACUUGUUAGAUCUCAAACUCCAUAACAGAAUUGUAGAAUUCCUUUUGUUUCUUUGGAACAACACUGGCGGGAUAUCUGAAUAGAUUUUAUUUUAACCGGACCGUUGUUCCACUUUUUAUAUUUGUCGUUCUGCCCAAAGCAAGAUACUCGCUCACAGAACACAAUCAUAAAAAUGGCAACUCUAUCAUUAUAUUGAUCAAACAGUUUUAUUAAACCUUCUCCAAGUCA